CCCUCCCCAACCGCGGGCGCCACGGCGGAGCGCACGGCCGGGUACCGCGCGGGCGCGCUGGCGGGCGGGCGGGAGGAAGCAUGCUGGACUUCGCCAUCUUCGCCGUGACGUUCCUGCUGGCGCUGGUGGGAGCGGUGCUGUACCUCUACCCGGCUUCUCGGCAAGCUUCGGGAAUUCCAGGACUUACUCCAACUGAAGAAAAAGAUGGUAAUCUUCCAGACAUUGUGAACAGUGGAAGUUUGCAUGAGUUCCUGGUUAAUUUGCAUGAAAGAUACGGGCCUGUGGUCUCUUUCUGGUUUGGCAGGCGUCUUGUGGUUAGCUUGGGCACUGCUGACAUCCUGAAGCAGCAUUUCAACCCCAAUAAGACUUCGGACCCAUUUGAGACCAUGUUGAAGUCAUUAUUAGGGUAUCAGUCUGGCGGUGGGAGUGUGGGUGAGGACCACGUGAGGAGGAGACUGUAUGGAGAUGCUGUGGCGGCUGCUCUGCAGAAUCACUUCCCUCUCCUGCUACAGCUUUCAGAAGAAUUGUUAGAUAAAUGGCUGUCCUACCCAGAGACCCAGCAUAUACCUCUGAGCCAGCAUAUGCUCGGUUUUGCUUUGAAGUUUGUCACACGGAUGGUACUGGGUAGCACAUUUGAAGAUGAACAGGAAGUCAUCCAAUUCCAAAAGAGUCAUGGCACAGUGUGGUCUGAGAUUGGAAAAGGCUUUCUAGAUGGGUCACUCGAUAAAAACACCACUCGGAAAAAACAGUAUCAAGAGGCUCUUAUGCAGUUGGAAUCUACUUUAAAGAAAAUCAUAAAGGAACGAAAAGGAGGGAACUUCAGUCAGCAUACCUUCAUUGACUCCUUAGUACAAGGAAACCUUAAUGAGCAACAGAUCCUAGAGGACAGUGUGGUGUUCUCUCUGGCCGGCUGCAUAAUAACUGCAAGGUUGUGUACCUGGGCGAUCCACUUCCUCACGUCGUCUGGAGAAGUUCAGAAGAAGCUGUACCAGGAGAUAGACCAAGUUUUAGGGAAGGGUCCUAUCACCUCAGAGAAAAUCGAGCAGCUCAGUUAUUGUCGGCAAGUGCUUUUUGAAACCGUUCGGACUGCUAAACUAACUCCAGUUUCUGCCCGGCUUCAAGAUACUGAGGGAAAAGUCGGCCCAUUUGUUAUUCCUAAGGAGACGCUCAUUCUUUAUGCCCUCGGAGUGGUUCUUCAGGACCCUAGCACUUGGCCCUUACCCCACAGGUUUGAUCCAGACCGCUUUGCGGAUGAGCCAGGGAUGAAAGUGUUUGCUUCUCUUGGCUUCUCAGGCACGUGGGAAUGCCCAGAACUGAGGUGUGCUUACCUGGUGACCACAGUGCUUGUGAGCGUGUUGCUGAAGAGACUGCGCCUGCUCGCUGUGGAGAGACGAGGUUUUGAAAUGAAGUAUGAACUGGUCACAUCAUCAAGGGAAGAAGCUUGGAUCACUGUCUCCAAAAGACACUAGACAUGUAUGCACUUAAAGUCUGUUCAGUAGAUGAAGGGAAAUGCCCAGUUAGAAUAUGUGCUGAGUCCUUUUGUAAACCCAGUAUCAUUUUGUAAUGUAAAACCUGUUAGUGCUUCAUGAUGUGAAUGUAGAUUUUUAUAUGUCAAAGUUUCUUACUGUAUGAUAUGUUUAUACUUAUAUCGACAACUUUAAUA